AUUUUUCUGUAUUCUUGUUUUCUCUUUCCUCACUGCCUCACUGCCCUUCCUAACGCCGGCAUCGGUAAACAUGCGGAAACUCCGGUAUGCCGUCUCCCUCACUCGUCAAUCUCUCUCCUCCACACUACACUUCCACUCGAAAAUGGCGUCCAUCAUGCCGACCAGAUUUCUUCCUUUAAGAACCAUCUGGAAUGUACUGGAACCACCACCAUCUCCUUCCUCUUCUUCACCGCGCUAUUUCUACACUGCUCCUCUUAUCGCUUGUAGAAGUUUCUCUUCCAAAGUUGUUGACGAAUCUCAAGCUCCUGCUCCCAUCGAUUAUAUUUCUGUGCUGCAGGAAGAUGAGUUUCAUCGGCUAGCGGAUUCCACCAUCAAUCAUCUGCUCGAGAAACUCGAGGAAUAUGGUGACAAUAUUGAGAUUGAUGGAUUUGACGUUGAUUAUGGGAAUGAGGUUUUGACCCUGAAACUUGGGAAUUUGGGCACUUAUGUGGUGAAUAAACAGUCGCCAAACAGACAGAUAUGGUUGUCUUCUCCAGUAAGUGGUCCUUCAAGAUUUGACUGGGAUUCCAGCUCUCAAGCUUGGGUCUAUCGUCGAAACAAAGCAAAUUUGCUGGGAAUUCUACAGACUGAGCUGAAACAACUGUGUGGUGAAUCUGUCAACCUCUCCUAAUCUUUUUACCCUUGUAUGUAUGAAAGGAACUCUCUUUCCCCCCACAGUUGAGUUUCCAGGUUUUAACAGUCAUAAGUAGUCUUUUUACCGUUCUCUUCCCCCCCCCCCUAAUAUUUAGGGCGUGUUCGGCGGUAGCUUUUGAGGUAGCGGGUAGCGUUUUGACCGAGUCAAGACGCUACUUGUAAAAUUUGUAAGUGUUUGGCGAGGUAGCGAUUUAGGUAGCGGUUAGCGGUAGAGGUAGCGGUUGAGUAGCUUUUAUCAAACGUUAAAAUUAGUAGCGUUUAAGGUAGCGGGUAGCGUUUGACAAAUUUAUAAUAAAGUUUUAAAUAAUAUUUCACCUUUUAUUUUAUUUUAUAAUAUCAACCGCUACUUUUACCGAACACUCAUAUCAGUUACCCGCUACCUUUGACAGCUAAUCGUUACCCGCUACUAUUGACCGCUACCCGCUACUCCAACCGUUACCCGCUACUGAACCGCUACCCGCUACCGCUACUUUUGCCGAACAGGGCCUUAUAAUAAUGUUUCAUAUUCUUUUCUUCAUAAUUAUGCACUUGCCAAAAUGUUUAGUACGUAGUAAUAAUAAAUCCGAAGUACUUAUUACGGAGUGAAAGAAAAUGACUGAAGAAAAUGUUGCUACUACAUUUUCAUGCAGUGAUUUGUGAUCCUGAA